AUGGAUUUCUUUUCCUUUCUCCUCUCUUUCAUUUUCCUCAUUCUUCAUCUCUCAGGACAAAGAGUUGUACGAGGUGAGGCUGAUGUUCAACAUGAUCAUCGUAUACAAAAAUUGUUUGUGUUUGGAGAUUCAUACGCUGACACAGGCAACAUCGAAAAAGGUUUUUAUCCUCCAUGGAACGUUCCUUAUGGUGUCACCUUUCCCAGCGAACCCUCCGGCCGUUUCUCCGACGGAAGAGUCCUCACCGACUACAUUGCCAAGUAUUUGAAAGUGAAAUUACCAGUAUCAUAUACAAAAGUAGAACAUUUGGCACCACAUCAUUUGAAAAAUGGAAUGAGCUUUGCAUUUGGUGGUUCUGGUGUGUUUGAAACAAUCAAUUCACUUCUUCCAAACAUGACAACCCAGAUCAAUUUUUUUGAAAAGUCAAUACAAGAAAAAGUAUUCACAACCUCAGAUAUUAGAAAAUCAGCUGCUCUUGUUUCUAUCGCAGGAAAUGACUACCUUCGUUAUGUCAAAGAUGGCUCUAUUCAGAGUUUACCAUCUUUCAUAUCAUUAGUGGUUAAUCAAACAAUCACAAACCUAAUUCGCAUCAAAGAAUUAGGAGUGAAAAAAGUGAUUAUAACAAAUCUACCACCAAUGGGAUGUCUACCUUCAGAAACAGCCUCAUCUUCAUUCAAACAAUGCAAUGAAACAUCUAACAGCCUCCUCGUACAUUACCAUAACACCCUCUUAACCAAGGCUGUCACAAAAUUGAACCAACAAAUCAACGAUGAUUCAUCACCCUUUAUAGUUCUUGAUAUAUACGAUAGUUUCAUGUCGGUGUUGAAGAAUCCAUCCACACACAACAUUAAGAAUGAGUUGGAACCUUGUUGUGUUGGAGAGAGUAGUAAGUAUUUUUGUGGAAUGGUUGUGAACAACGUUAAGAAGUAUAAGGUUUGUGAGAAUCCAAAAUCUGCUUUCUUUUGGGAUUUGGGUCAUCCUACUGAUGCAGGGUGGCGUGCUGUUUAUACCAUGCUAAGAAAAAGCAAUGCUCUUGAACAGAUUCAGGACCAUUAA